AUGGCAGGUCAACCUGAAUGCAUGUUUCUCCAGGAAAGUUCCUUGAGAACAUCCACAGGCAUUGUGAACAUGGUGGAUAAUAAAGAAGAUAAAAUAAGUAAUACAAGACCAACCAGACAAGAGAGAAGGAAGACACAUGAGGAACAGUUGGUGGCGGUAAAUGCACCAGCCAGCUGGUUUGCCAACCGCCAUAAAACAGUCGAAGAAGAAGACGACGACGACGACGACGAUUGCGCAGCGCUCCGGCAUUUGUUGUGGGUUCGAUUAAAGAAAACGUCUGGUGAGGCCAUCGAGAUGGCGUUUUUCAAUGAGGAGAGUGAAGGCAUUAAGAUUGCGGAAGUAUUUAGUCUGAAACAUGAAGAUACUGAUGAACAAAUAAAGAUGGCGUUUAUUAAAGAGGAGAGUGAAGACAUGAGGAUUGAAGAAACGUUUGAAGUGAAGAAUGAAGAUAGUGAUGAUGGAAUAGACCUGAUGGCAAUAAAAGAGGAGGUUCAAAAACAGUAUAAGAAACAGGAGAAAGAUCAAUGUCAGAAUCAUAAUCUCGGUACUGGAGAAGAAGCUGAAGAGACUUCCUCAAAAAAAAAAGCUAAGAAGCGAAUUCACAAUCGUGUCAUCUGCUCAGAGUGUGGAAAGUGUUUCUGUAAUCGAAGAGCCCUUAAAAUCCACACGAGGAUUCACACUGGAGAGAAGCCUUUCGCCUGCCUGCAAUGUGGAAAACGUUUCACUCAACUAGUAGGCUAUCAAAGACACCUGUGUUCUCACUCCGGAAAGAAGCCUUACACCUGUGACCUGUGCGGAAAGAGCGUCGCAACACAACUAUCCCUUGAAAAUCACAUAAACAGUCACAAUGACGAUAGGCCGUUUUCAUGUGAUGUGUGUGGAAAGCGUUUCAGACACAAAGCAUCCAUCAGUGUUCACAUGAAGAUUCACACAAAAGAGAAUUUUGUAUGUCAUCAGUGUGAAAAGAGUUUCGCAGACGCAGAUGACCUUAGGAAUCACGUAAAAAUUCACGCUGGAGAGAAGCCUUACAUGUGCGAACACUGCGGAAGGGGUUUCACGAACAGAACGUGCUUUAAGGUUCACAUUGUAAUUCACACUGGAGAGAAGCCUUACACCUGCCCCGAGUGUGGACAGAGUUUCAGACAGAAAGCAACCCUUAGAACUCACAUGAGCGUUCACAGUAAAGAAAAGUCUUUCACCUGCCCAGUAUGUGGAAAGACAUGCCAAAUUAAAGGAAACCUUAAGCUUCACAUGAAGCUUCACACUAAAGAGAAAUCCAGUGGGAAACGUACCAAAAAGAAAUGAAACAAUUGUAAACUCGUGCUGUGUUUUUUUUUGUUUUUUUUUGUUUUUUUUUUAUAAAUAGUUCUUCCAAAUCUUCAUUUUGAUCGAGGACUAUAAAAAUGUUAUGUACAAAUAUAUACCUGUUAUGUAAAUCUUCACAUAUGCUAACUUUUAAAGGUGGACUCCAACUUAUUCCAGUUAGCUUGAAUAUUUGCUACAGGCAGUAUGAAUACAUUUUAGCUUCCCUAAUCUGCAAACCAUCAUUGAACCACUUCCUCAUUUCAUCAAAUAAAAGUUUGUCA